AUGGCCUUUUCUCAUGACAUGGAACCCUCAUCUCUGGUGUUUUCCGUGCGGAGGAGUAAACCGGAGCUGGUUGCUCCGGCAAAACCCACUCCCCGUGAAAUCAAGCCAUUAUCUGACAUAGAUAAUCAAGCAGGUCUCCGUGCCCAAAUCCCAGUCAUACAAUUCUAUCGUAACGAACCCUCCAUGGCAGGGAAAGACCCAGUUGAAAUAAUUAGACACGCACUCGCGCAGACACUUGUUUUCUACUACCCACUUGCGGGUAGGCUUAGGGAAGGUUCUGAUGGCAAACUCAUGGUGGAUUGUAACGAGGAGGGUGUCGUGUUCAUUGCCGCCGAUGCAGAUGUCACACUUGAUCAAUUUGGUGACACCCUUAAAUCUCCAUUCCCAUGCUUCGAUGAACUCCUCUACCAAGUUCCUGGUUCAGAAGGAGUUAUUAAUUCUCCCAUUUUUCUUAUACAGGUCACGCGUUUGAAGUGCGGUGGUUUCAUCUGUGCACUUCGCUUUAACCAUGCAAUGAUAGAUGGAGUUGGCGUAAUUUAUUUCAUGCUUGCAUUGACACAAAUAGCUCGGGGUGCAUGUGAACCUCCCAUUCCACCUGUUUGGAGUAGGGAGCUCUUAUGCGCAAGGGACCCACCACGCGUUACUUGCAACCAUCGAGAAUUCGAACAACUAACCGACAACAACAGCAACACCGAGGAGGACUUUGCACAGCGAUCAUUCUUCUUCGGACCCACCGAGAUAGCUGCAAUCCGUGGCUUGCUUCCCCGUGAUCUUGAUCAGUCAUCCACCACGUUUGAGGUACUCACGUCGUACAUCUGGCGUUGCCGCACAAAAGCGUUGCGGUUAGACCCAGAGGAAGAUGUUCGAAUGAUGUGUCUUGUUGACGCACGUGCUAAGUUUAAUCCUCCAAUACCAACUGGUUAUUACGGAAACUGUUUUGCGUACCCAGCGGCUGUCACGACCGCGGGUGAGCUUAGCGAAAAUCCGUUAGAGUAUGCUGUGAAGUUGAUACAGAGCGCAAUGGCUGAGGUGACUGAGGAGUAUAUGCACUCUUUGGCUGAUCUAAUGGUGACUAAGGGAUGGCCUUUAUUCACUGUGGUAAGGUCAUGUCUUGUGUUGGAUACAACACAUGCUGGAUUUAGAGAUUUGGAUUUUGGGUGGGGCAAGGCACUGUAUGGUGGACUAGCAAAAGCUGGUGCCGGAGCCUUUCCUGCGAUACACUUUCAUGUCCCAUCUCAAAAUGCGAAAGGAGAGGAAGGUAUAUUGGUUCUGAUUUGCUUGCCUAUCAAGGUUAUGGAAAUGUUUGCUAAAGAGUUGGAUGACAUGCUUCAGAGCAACAAAACAGCUUAA